AUGAUACUGAUUCAAUGGUCAGUGUUAUGAAACUUGAGAAAGCACCUACAGAAUCGCAUGCAUAUAUUGGUGGUUUAGAACAACAAAUUCAAGGAAUCAAAGAAUCCGUAGAAUUACUCCUAACACAUCCAGAACUUUAUGAAGAAAUGGGGAUUAAACCUCCGAAAGGUGUUAUCCUAUAUCGGGGUAAAACACUUUUGGCUAAAGCCGUGGCGAAUCAGACAUCUGCAACUUUUUUUGUGCGUUAUGGGUUCAGAAUUGAUCCAAAAAUAUCUUGGAGAUGGUCCAAAACUUGUGCGCAAAUUAUUUCGUGUUGUCGAAGAACAUGCGCCUUCCAUUUAUUUAUUGAUGAAAUUGAUGCUAUUGGAACUAAACGAUAUGAUUCCAAUUCAGGUGGUGAAAGAGUAAUUCAAAGAACUAUGUUAGAACUUUUGAAUCAGUUAGACGGGUUUGAUUCUAGAGGAGAUGUCAAGGUUAACUAG